AAUUCCACCCACCUAAUACCUUUCCCUCACACGCACAAAUGGCCGACCAGGUGCAAGAGAUCCUCGACGUGCCGCGCGAGUUCCUCAAGGACGGCAUCCAGUUCAUCAACCGCGCGCAGAAGCCCGACCGCCGCGAAUUCAUCAAGAUCUCCCAGGCCGUUGGCGUCGGCUUCCUGAUCAUGGGCGCAGUCGGGUACUUCGUCAAGCUGAUUCACGUGCCCCUGAACAACAUCCUCGUGGGCGGCGCAUAACGCCCCACGUGUCUCGACGGGUUCCGCCAAACCCAGCUCGCGGUGCUUUGCACGACGAGACGAUAAGGGUCCUUGCAGAAACAAGUUGUCGUUCGCGCGUGGGUGUGUAGGUUGGAUCGCGGGGCGGUGGCGCAGGAGUGCGGGAGUGCGGGAUGGGCAACAGACUGGAUGAGAUGAGAUGGGGGGGAGCGCGAGAAACGGUCCAGCUGGCAUUAAACACGGCAAAACAAACUGACGGGCGUUUUUUGCCCAAUUCGUGGUGAGAGGCAAAGGGGACAGGUACCGAGCAUUAUCGUCUGUUUAAAUAGAAAGGGAGGGAACUGAGUGGCGAGGAGUUAUUGUGUAGGGAUGGCGGUAGUGGGACGGAAGACAGGGCGCAAGAUAUCCGAUGUUGCCAGUGUCGGCGCUGACCAUGUCAUAAUUUCUGUUGUCGUCCUAAGGCAAGCUGUACAAAAGGGGGUAAUUUCUUCGCGUUGGCAGUU